AUGGAGACGAACGCAAAGAGAGAGAGAAAAGUCCUUUUUACUACCUUUACCUACCAACGUGAAAUGGCGCGUACGAACGGUAUCUGGCACGGAAUGAAAGCCGAUGAAAUGCACCGUGAAAUGAAAGUGGCAAUGGAACGGGAUGAUGCGUUGUGUCUAGGACUAGUAUGGUUGUGGAUGUGUAUGGUUACGAAUACGAAUGCUAAGCUACGAAUGUGA